CCAAAACGGAGGGAUUCUUUAGUAGUUUCAUAUUUGGAAACGGAGAAGCAAGAUAGAGAGUGGAGACCAGGGGGAGUUCCAACAUUGUUCCCUUGGUGAUGAGACUUGAUGGUUCGACACCUUGGUCUGUCAAGAGGAGGAGGCUGACGAGCUUUGAUCCCAUGGAGGCAGACAUAGCUAAGACCAAACUUGCUGCUAUUGCGGAAAAACUUGGCCGAGAGAUUCGUGUUUUUGAAACAUCGCCAACUUCAGUGACAACAGAUAAGGCACCUGCCACACCAAUUUCAAAUGAUGAAGAACCUGAUGAUUUCUAUGAAUUCACUGCGGAAGAUUAUUAUCGGCUCUUGGCAACAAAAAAAGAAGACAGAUUCCUGAAGACCCGCAAAAUCAGAGAAGCUGAGGAAGCUGCUCGCAGGUCAAGGAUGGCUAAGGCAGUAAUUAGGGUUCGUUUCCCUGAUAAUUACACAUUGGAGACAAAGUUUAACCCAUCAGAGACACUUCAAAGUUUAAUUGAUCUUCUCAUGAAAGUGGUUGCUCGAGUGGACCUACCAUUCUAUUUAUAUACCACACCUCCAAAGAAGCAAAUAAAGGACAUGUCACAGGAUUUCUACUCUGCUGGUUUUGUUCCUGGUGCAAUUGUUUAUUUCUCAUAUGAUCUACCAAAAGGAGAUGAAAAUGCAGCUGAACCUUCGGGACCCUAUCUUCAAGACGAGAUAAUAUCUCUAAAUGGUCUAGAUCUGAUUCCAGAACCGGCUCAGUCUGUUGAUCCUGCAGCCAAUUCUGUAACAGUUGAACCCUCAUCAAUUGCUCAAGAGCGUAAGCCUGUUGAGAAGAAAACUGUUAAGCCGAAGUGGCUGAAAAUGUGACAAGUUGUACUAUAUAUGUGAGGUAUUGAUCCUAGGACAGGACCUUAUGUGGAGGUUGUAGAUACAGCUCUCAAAGGGCUUUGAGGUGCAAGGCAUGGAAGGAUGGUAAAUCUACCAGGAUUACUGUGGUUUCUAAGCUCCAAAGGGAUUUAGAUGGACGACUCUUUUUAUUGUACACCAAUUUGUAAUCUUGGUUGGUGGUCAACUUUAUGUUAUAUAUAUUUGCGUGCUUUAGGGCUUUGUAUGUUCUCUGCCGAAAAUUAUUAUUAUAUUGCUAUGCUGUUAAUCUA